AUGGUUUCGCCACGAGUCACUCGCAAGUUCUUCAUCGCUAUGAAAAUUAAGAAUACUCUCGAAAACUAUGGUAUUGACAAUGCGAUUCUUGCUCUGGCACUUCUAGGUGUAAUUUGCUUUGAUACGUUCAUUGCUUGGAGAGAGAAUUUAUUCCUUGCCACCAGCGAAGACGACCAGUAUUCGAUUUUGAUCUUCUUCUUUGGAACGAUGGUGUCCGCAGUGAUCGGAGACUUUGUCUACGAUCGACCCCACAAUCGACCGGCGUGGGGUAUUUUUGAUGGACUAAUGAUUAGUACAAUCCACUUGAUCCUUCUUCUCUUUUAUAUCGUCUACUGGUUCACUCUACCUACAGACGUAUGGAAUCCCUGUUACUACUACAUGCCAGAUUUCUAUUGGCUGACUUUCCGACUUUUCCCGGCAUUUAUUUUCUGUCAAACCAUCUUGACCGGAUUCGUUGCCUUCGUGAUUCAUCGAAAGAGACAUCAUAAAUAUUCGACAGUUGGAAGAUAUGGUGUUUAA